CUCUCUCUCUCUCUCUCUCUCUCUCUCUCUCUCUCUCUCUCCUUUUCCAUUCUGAGGCUCUCUGCAACUUUCUCUGCUUUAGGGUUCUUAUUUGAUUAGACUUUUCUGAACUCUAAUGUCGCCUGGUCGAUCGCAAUUCCGGCGAACAGAGAGGAAUUGGGCUACGCUUUGCUGUUCUUCAGCUUCUUCAUCAUGUUUGCAACUCUAUUGGGCUCGUCUUCUUCUCCGUAAAUGGUUUAACAUUUCGGCUACUGAAUCAGAUCUUACCGCCGAUACAGACGAUGAAGAGGAUGAUGAUAGUGCUGGAGAAUCUGAAAGUGAAGGAAUCGAAGAAGAUCAUGUUGGUACUGAUGAUGCAGAACCGAGGCUGAGAAGAAGGAACUCAGAAACGUUUAGAGUUCAGUAUAUGGAGACCAAAGCACUCAGAGUCUGUGUUGGGACUUGGAAUGUUGGAGGAAGAGUUCCACCAAAUGACUUGGAUAUUGAUGGUUGGGUAGAUACCAUUGAACCUGCAGACAUUUAUGUCCUUGGUCUUCAAGAAAUCGUUCCGUUGAAUGCUGGAAACAUUUUUGGUAUUGAGGAUGACCAGCCUGCAUCUGAAUGGGAGGAAACUAUACGUGAUGCUCUAGACAGAAUCCGACCAAGAAAGGUAAAGAUUGUAAGUUACAGUGAUCCUCCUUCCCCGUCGAAGUUUCAACCAUUCGAAGAGGUCGCUGAUGUAAUAGAAGAAGAUAUUGUGGAUACUAAUUAUGACAAGAGAUCAUGCUUGCCAAGACAGAGGCAAUUUUCAUCGCCAAAGACGCUGGACAGGUUGUUUUCUAUGCAGCUCGACACUGGUUCUAAACGAGCAGAGAGUUUAAGCAGAUGGUUUAGUUACUCUGAAAGAGUUGGUUUGAGCAGCUGGCCAGAGCCUCCAUUGAGAUUGUUAAACCAACAUGUUCGAGAAAAACGUUGUUCCUUGAAGCCUUUUAAGAAUUAUAACUCUUUCAAAGCGAGUGUCAAUAACAGUAACCAUGAUGUUGCAGCAGUGAACAAGACGCCUCUACUUGCGGAUUUAGAUUUUAAGCCUCUCAUGAACGUGAGAAAACCAUCGUAUGUACGUAUCGUAAGCAAACAGAUGGUUGGAGUUUUUCUCACCGUUUGGGUUCGAAGGAGCUUGCGUAAACACAUACGAAACCUCAGUGUGUCUACUGUUGGUGUUGGCGUUAUGGGUUACAUUGGUAACAAGGGAGCUGUUUCUGUGAGCAUGUCUGUCUAUCAAACACCGUUUUGCUUUGUGUGCACACAUUUGGCAUCAGGGGAAAAAGAUGGAGAUUACAGAAAAAGAAACGCUGAUGUAAGCGACAUUCAUAGAAGAACACAGUUUCAUCCACAUUCUCUUAGUGCGACCAGACUUCCAAAAAGCAUCCGUGAUCACGAAAGAAUAAUCUGGUUGGGAGAUUUGAACUAUCGGAUUAACUUAUCGUAUAAGAAGACUCAUGAACUUAUUGCAAGAAAGGAAUGGAAGAAGUUAGCUGAAAAAGACCAGCUUGCAAGAGAAAUGAGACAAGGGCGAGUAUUCGAGGGAUGGUCAGAAGGAACUUUAGAUUUUCCACCAACUUACAAAUAUGAAAUUGAUUCAGAAAAUUAUGGAGGGAACGAUCCCAAAUCCGGGAAACGAACACCAGCCUGGUGUGAUCGCAUUAUUUGGUAUGGGAAAGGAAUGAAGCUUAUGAGUUAUAGAAGAAGUGAGAUUAAACUCUCUGAUCACCGGCCGGUCACAGCUACAUUUGUGGUAGAGGUAGAGGUUUUCUCUCCUCGGAAGCUUCAGCGUACGCUCACGCUCACAAAGGCAGAGAUUGAGAGUCAUGAAGCUUUUGUACACAAUUAACUAUCUACUAAAAUCACUCCAUUUCUUUUGCAAAUGUUUCAUAUCACAUUCUUUUUGUGUCAUGUCUCAUAAAAAAAAACAUGUAUGUUCAAGGUUAGAAUUGGAGGCUGUAGUGUAAAAUACACAAAUCUUAAUUCAUGUGUGCGUGUGUCAC